AUGCCGGUGUUUAAAAACAAGGUGAGACUUGAAGUUUUCAGUGAAAACGGCUCUACAGCACGAGCGGAGAAGGCACAUCCUCCAAGAGAUGAGCCCCAAACAAGUGAAGCAGAACUUGAAGCAAAUGAACCUAACUCUGGAGAUUGCUCAUUCACAGAAGUAGAUUUGCCCAUUAGCGAGUCAGAUUGUUACCUUUCUGAAGUCGAUGUUACUUACAAAGUACUAGAUGAACCUAACUCUGUAGAUUGCUCAUUCACAGAAGUAGAUUUGCCCAUUAGCGAGUCAGAUUGUUACCUUUCUGAAGUCGAUGUUACUUUCAAAGUACCAGAUGAACCUAACUCUGUAGAUUGCUCAUUCACAGAAGUAGAUUUGCCCAUUAGCGAGUCAGAUUGUUACCUUUCUGAAGUCGAUGUUACUUUCAAAGUACAUGUACCAGGUAGUGACCCUGAAGGAGGAGCUAUAUCAGAGAUUGAUUUACAGGAUGCUACAGAUGAACCUAACUCUGGAGAUUGCUCAUUCACAGAAGUAGAUUUGCCCAUUAGCGAGUCAGAUUGUUACCUUUCUGAAGUCGAUGUUACUUACAAAGUACUAGGUAGUGACCCUGAAGGAGGAGCUAUAUCAGAGAUUGAUUUACAGGAUGCUACAGCUCUACGUGGGAGGAAACGCACUCGUGUUCAUUUUAUUGAUGGCAGUUCAGAUUCAUCUUGCGCCAGUAUUGUUUCAUCCAGUGUUAAGAGAAGAAAGGAAAACAAUUCCAGUCGGGAGCUAUCAUCUAUUCUACGAAUGAAAUGCUGCAGAAAUUACUGCCUGCACAAGGUGUCACGAAAAGAGGUAGCAUACAGCAGAAAUGCCUUCCAGGAGAAAUCCAAAUGUGAGCAAAGGCAGUGGAUCUUGCAGUACCUCCUCGAACAUCAUGAAGAGUCUGGGAAUACAGUUCAAGUCCGCUUCAGUAUUGGGGUGACAGAAGUUUGUCAGCGUGGUUGGCGUUUAGCCUUAGGAAUCCCCAGAACAAGGCUUUGGCAGAUCCAGUCUCAUUUCCAAGGUGGACUAAAGGCAUACAUAUCCCCAAAUCAUCACAGACGAGGAAUGCAGUCAAAAGCAGUGGCUGCAGCAUUGAUGUGGCUGGAUAUGUUUUGUCGCAGAUUUGGCGACAAAAUGCCAGGACAAAUGAAAAUACACUUGCCAUCCUGCCUAACACGAGCCAGCGUGUAUCAGACAAUGAAAGAAGAAAUGGAGGAUCAUGGGGAGCACGUUUGCAGCAAAGUCCAUUUCUUCCGCAUGUGGAGGAAGGAAAUGUCACAUGUGACCAUUCCAAAGGUGAAUAGAUUUUCAAAAUGCGAUGUCUGUACUCAGCUGAAGCAAAGCAUCGAAAAAACUAAUGAAAAAGAAGCGAGGCAAGCACUCCAUCAACAAAGAGAGGAUCAUCUUACACUGCAAAAAACUGAGAGAAUGAAAUACUACAAACAUGCACAAAAAGCAAGACAACAUCCAGACAAGUAUAUCAGCAUCAUUAUUGAUGGAAUGGACCAGAAAUCAACAAGUAUUCCCAAAUUUUACAGAACAUCCAAAUCAGUAUCAUCAGCAUGGAAACUUCCAACACACAUCACCGGAACGAUAGUGCAUGGGAGGGGACAACACAUGUUCCUUGACAACAAAGAAUACCCACAUGAUUCGAACCUUACCGCAACGAUCCUUCUCCAGGUUCUUCAUAAAUAUUCCACCACGCUACCAGACACAUUAUACCUUCAAAUGGAUAACUGUGGGAGGGAGAACAAGAAUCAGUGUCUCCUUGGACUCUGUGCUCUUCUAGUGGAACUCGACGUGUUCAAAAAGGUAAAACUGUGCUUUUUGAUGAAGGGGCACACACACGAAGACAUCGAUCAGCUAUUUAGCCGCAUAUCCACAUAUACAUCUAAGCAUAACAUUCCUACGCUGUCUUCACUACUACACCACAUUCCAAAAUCAUUCAACAAGCCGAAUACCACUGCGGAACGAAUCGAAACCAUCUUCAACAUCAGGGACUGGCUACAGACACAAUUAAACAAACCAUCACACCAUAGCCUUCCACACCAAUUUAAGAUCACCAAAGUCGAGGGAAAGGCCAUAAUCCAGACCAAAAAAUGGAGCAACAGCUCUGCAUGGCAAGCAACGACUGGUUCAAGCCACAUCCUCUCGGAACAUCCCUCCGGUACACCAGAUGUUGUCUGCAGAAAGAUGGAGGAACUCCACGUCAACAACCUCUAUAGAGACAUGGCCAAGUACCUACCGUACCUCAAUGACUCGGAACAUCAAGAAUGGAUGGAGCUGCUCCAUUCUUUCGAAGCAGAAGAUGGAACGGAAGAUUCACGUACAUGGCCCCUGGUGGAUAUAUUGAUGGAUAAAGAGUCUCAGUCCACACCACAAAGGGAUCUUCAUUCAACUCCAGAAUUCUCGAAUGAUGAACAGCAACCUAUUCAAGCAGUCCAGCUAGGUCCUAAAAGGAAGAGGCCUCUACAGCCAGUAUUAAAACUGGGAGAUAUGGUUGGGGUCUACUUAGAAGAGUUUAGAAACGAAUGGCCACAAGUGGGCCAAGUGUUGGACAUAACUGGAGACCAUGUGAAACUGCAUUGGUACUCGGGAUCAGAAACAUCCGUGUGGACAUCACUCACCACAUCAGUGCAGGGACGAAGGGAUCAGCCUUACACAGGAGAAGUCUCUCUUCAAGAUGUCUUAACUGCACCCUUCAACCUUACUAAAGCCAACAAAUUACCGGUGGAAAUUCAGCGUCACUUGAAGGAGAAAGGAGAACAGUAUUUUGUUCUACAGUAGGCUUGCGGGUGCAUCAUGUGAGAGAGAGAGGAUUGAGGAGUCCUCAAUGUUCAUUAGGCCUAUAUGAAUAUUCACCAAGUACUCAAAGAUGAUGCUAAGUUUGAUUGUGGUGUACACUAAAAUCUGACAGGAACAACUUACACUUCCCUUCAUAUAUUUGGUUAUUUCAUGCUUGGUGAAGCAAGCUCAUGUUUAUGUAACCCACUGGCUUAUGAAACCUGCUAACUUGUGUAUUAAGCCUAGGUAGGUACAUAUGUUAACUGUCACGACUGACGGGUCGUGACUUUCACGAUUUGUCUCUAUCUCUCGCUAUUCUGUACAUAGUGGGUAAUGGAAAAUUAAGUAAAGGUUUUAUACGAUCUAUCCUUCUGGCCUUUGGUCUUCCACUCUUUCUUGACACUUCAAUUGACCCUGCAAUAUAACCUUCUGUAAAAAAUUGGCCUACCACCUGGCAAUACGCCCAAAGUACCCAAAGGGCCUGGCGAUUGACAAGGUCUAUAAGCUGACGCUUUCAUUUGUUCUUCUUGCAGUCCAGGGAAUUGUUAGCAUUUUUUACCAGCACCAAAGCUCAAAAGCAGAAAUGCAGCUUUUGUUAAAGCCCAAUGCCAAUUUUGGUAGUCCUUUGAAAAUGGUUUGUUAGAGUUCCUUGUUUUCAGCUGGUCAGUGGCAAGACAAAAGCAAAACUAAGGUAAUGAGAAGUUUUUUCCUCCUCAAGUUGAAUAUUGAACAAAUGAAUGAGAGGCGAAAUAUAAUAUUUGUCCUGUCCAAAAGAAUAAAACCGGUCACACAGCCUGCACACAUACACGUGUAAAACCAAAUGAGGAUAAAUUCAUCUUUGUUAACACAGUUAAAAGGUAUUUUUUCCCUUUUGCAGCGAACCUCAAAUUCUGUAGAAUUUUGCAGGAAUUAUGAAUAUGUCAUGUAUGUCCUAUCUGUGAAAUUUAAAUG